UUGCAAGGCCUUCCUUCUGUCCCUGCCACGCAGCAGAAUUCCCCUUGCCCUCCCGUGCCUAGGCCUGCCCUGCCGGCCCCCAGGAAGCUCACCUGGGAGGUGCCACGGGCCUGGAUGGAGGGCAGCAAGUGGUGGGGAGAGCUGGCCCGACGAUGGGUGCAGUUAGGAGGUGACAGGGGCAGGAAGAAGCACGGAAGGGCUGGGGGCACAGGAAAGUGGGGAAGAGAAGUGCAUGCAUGUCCUGGGGCUGCCAUCACUGAGUGCCACAAACUGAGUGGCACUUCAAACAACAGAAAUAAACUCUCUCACUUGCAGACGCCAGAAGUCUGCAAUCUAGAUGUUAGGGGGCCGCGCUCCCUCCGGAGGCCUAGGAUGGGAUCCUUCCUGCCUCUCCCGGCUUCAGAGGGCUCCAGGUGUUCCUGGGCUUGUGGCUGCACGUGGCCGUCUCGCCUGCAUGUCUCUCUCUGUCUCGUCUUCUCUCUUCUGUCUCUCAAAAGCACACCUGUCAUGGGAGCGGGGCCCACCCGGGGAACCCAGAUGAGCUCAACUCGACAUCCUCCCCUGCAAUCCUUACAUCUGCAAAUAAGGCCACAUUCACAGGUUCUGGUGGACAUAGGUUCUGGGGGCCACUCUUCACCUCAUUCCAAGAAAAGGGCAAUUCCCUGGAUCUGGUUGGGACAGCUAGGUAGGGAUGCUGGCACACAGGCCACUCACGGAGACCAGAUGCUGUAGGGCUGUGGGAGUCGGGCUAGGGAGUCAGGACACGGUCCUGGGAACAGCGGGGAGGGCUGGCGGAGGCCGGGUGCCAGGCGAGAGGCUGAGGAGGGCCUGAUGACCACCAAGGCAGGGUGGGGCCUCAGUGGGGAGGGAGGCAGGGGUCGACAGACAGUCUGACCCGCCAUUCCAGGGACCAGAGCUUCCCGCCCUGCAUCCUCGCGUUCCAGGAAAAAGUUACCAGGACGUUUGGGUUUAAUUAUUCCUUUUUCCUCUCCCCCACUUGCCAAGGGGGCAAAGGAAAGCAGACAGCAGCCUGGGAGGGGCUGCCCGGCCGCUAUUCCCCUCCCGCCGCGAGGCCUGGGCAGGGGGCUGGCUGCCAGUCAAGCCCCAGCUGCCUCAGCCCCGGCCUCUCCUGGACUCUGGCGCCGCCCAUCUCUUUUCGGGCUGGUGGAAAAGGAGGGGACCGAGAGGCACAGGAGCAGCCCAAAAGGCUGACCCUAGCCACGGGGGCUGAGGGCGUUGCCAAGAGAAGCCUUCCCUGUUCCCUCUCUCCAUGUUCUUACCCAUUCCAGAAGCCUCACCACCCUCUGCCCUUGCACACCUGCAUGGCCACAGGGACCAGGGGUUCCUGCUGCUGGGGUCAGGGCCUCAAGGAGUCAGGUGUCCACCAUGGAGCGACCGGGGGCUCCCAGCUGAAGGUGGCAGCCUGAACGCCACUAUCGGACAGCGAGGGCUGUGUGACCUCCCAGGGUCCCCCAGCCCUAACCGUUGUGGAGCCUGAUCUUUUUCUCCCUACACAUCUAGCUUCUACACAUCUGAGAAUAAGACUGGGAGAGGCAGGAUGAGGGCAAGAGAGUGGCAGGGACAGAGGAGAGGGCUUCGAGGCUGAGGACCGGCAGGGGCAGAGAGUUCCCCUGCCCCACUUUUCCCCUAGAUUUUAGGCGUCACCCGCUGAGCUCUGUCAGGUGUCAGUAUUAGGAGACAGGAGACCCUGAGGCAACACCUGGAGGGAAGGAAGUGAGUGGGAGGACAGUUCCUCGGCCUCCACAAUGACAGCAGGCAUCGCUAGCCCUGCAGGGAGCAAGGAAGGCCCCCACCCAGAUCCUCUAAUCCCUGGGCCUUGGGGGACAGAGGAGGACAUAAACCCACACAGGGCCUGGCCUGACUCACACAGGAGUUGCGAGAGUCCCAGCUGUUGAGAGUUCGGGUUGCGGCUGCCAUCUUGGAGUGAAUCCCCACGCUCGUCUUGGGAGUGUGGGGCUGCAGCCCCUGGAGCUCCCCUCUAGGAGUUGCCAGCUGUCAGCUCCCUCUGCCCCUGUGUGCCCCGCCCCACAGGAAGCUGGAGACCCUUGACCUGUCCUACAACCGGCUGGUGCACGUGCCCUCCUUCCUGCCGCGGGGCCUGAGGCGCCUGACGCUGCACCACAACCACAUCGAGCGCAUCCCUGGCUACGCGUUCGCGCACAUGAAGCCAGGCCUAGAGUUCCUGCACCUGUCCCACAACAGGCUGCAGGCUGACGGCAUCCACAGCGUGUCCUUCCUGGGCCUGCGCGCCUCGCUGGCAGAGCUGCUCCUGGAUCAUAACCAGCUGCAGGCCAUCCCACGCGGCCUCCUGGGCCUCAAGGGACUGCAGGUGCCGGGCCUGAGCCACAACAGGAUCAGACAAGUGCCCUUGAAUUCCAUCUGUGACACGCGCGUGGCCCAGGACUCCAACCUUAUCUCCACACACCUGGAGAACAACCUCAUUGACCGGCACCGCAUCCCGCCCACUGCCUUCUCCUGCAUCCGAGCCUAUCACAGCGUGGUCCUCCAGCCCCAGCGGGGGGAGGAGAAGGGCUCCUAGCCCCGCCUGCCGCCUUCCUCCAGCACACACUCUGCUUCUCGAGGGGGUGGAGGGGCAGGCUGAGCUGUGCUUGGCCUUUGCACCACUGGGAGAAAGGUCUAGAAGACCCCACUGCUUCCAGUGCACCCACUUCCCAUUGACCGGUGAGGCCCUUUCACUUAGCAAAUGGCCCAGGGGCGAAAGGUGGCACUGGUUUGUACUUGAAGAUAAUAAAUGCAGCUUGGGCAGGCUCGCCAGCUAGCCUCCCUCCCUCC